AUGGUGUUAAUGGUACACUCGCAGGGCACUCCUGUUGCCUCCCAGUGCGCGAACCCAAAUGAUGUCUCUGGAGUCGCCACAGCCUACAACUGCCCAUUUUCGUUUCAAGAGACUGUGAAAACAGCCGUGGGCGUGCCUAACUCCGUUACCAUAGCCUACUUCACAGACUCAACUGGCGUUAACAAUAACACUGAUGGAACCUUGGUUGGCAACUGGUAUUACUACACCGACAUGAUCCUAGCGAAUAUGCGCACUGCGCGCCCGGCAGCCCUGCAGAAUGACCCGGAGGUUCUGUUCCGUGGGCGUGUCGCUGACCCCGAAGAAGUCUGA